GGGCACGAAAUCAGUGGCUGAAGUUAGUCAAAAAGUUGAAAAUGACUUCACCCACCCAACACCGUCUUGACUCAAGGUAGAUGUGAUCAGCACUGGAAAAAGAUGCCAGCCCCAGCCACCACAUAUGAAAGAACUGUUUACAAAAAUCCCUCUGAGUACCACCACAUGAAAGUGCGCCUAGAAUUCCAAGAUUGUGGAGUUGCCCUGAAUGCUGCACAAUUCAAACAGCUGCUUAUUUCAGCCCUGAAGGACCUGUUUGGUGAGGCUGAUGCUGCCUUACCUUUGGAUGUUCUAACCUAUGAAGAGAAGGCCCUGCCAGCCAUCCUGAGGAUAUGCAGCAGUGGUCUUGUCAAAUUGUGGAGCUCUCUGACCCUGUUAGGAUCCUAUAAAGGCAAGAACUGUGCUUUCAGAGUGAUUCGGGUUUCUCCAUUUCUCCUUGCAUUAUCUGGCAAUAGUAGGGAACUAGUAUUGAAUUGAGUAGUCUUCAAUUUGAGAAAAUAUUCCUCACUCUCAAAAGUACUAUUUGGUGCCAGUAUAAUGUUUGGAGACUGAAGCAGCCCAUAAGCUCCUGUCGAUGGAAUUUGAGAGUGC